AUGGCCAUUACAGAGUAUAACGAAUCACGUAGAAUAGAUACCGAGAAACCAUUGAUGAACUCGACCGUCACUGCUCUUGAUGAGUCGCACUCGUCUUCUCUGAACACACCUGAUCGACAGCAUGGUCAAGGAUCAUUCUCAACAGAACGUCCGGUAUGGAUGAGAACGAUCUUGAUGGUCAUUGAUCUUCUUCUAGCAGCAUCGCCUCUACUAUUUAUCGGCAUUGCUCUCGCGGCUAUUGCUUACAACAAAAAGCCAAUAGGUUACGCCAGUCACACUAUCCGAGGAGUUGAUAUGUCCUUCAAUGGUGGAGAUAUCAUCAUUGAUGCUGCUCGUAUCGCUGUCAGUAUCUUUCCGAUCAUCUUUGCAGCAAUUGCUGGUCGCUUUCUCAAGGCCUAUGCUCUACACCGAGCGGAACAUGGAUCUCAGAUGGGUGUACUUGAACAACUCUAUGGCAGUCAGAGUUUGGCGAACGCUCUACAACUCUCAGUCGCCUUGAAAGGACCUGGACUUAUCGGUGUAGGUGUAGUACUACUCUGGCUCCUGUCUCCGCUUGGAGGCCAAGGUGUUGGGCGUGUCCUUGGCAGGACUACUCGGUCCACAUACUCGGCCAGUACGGCUUUCUAUACUGACACAAGCGCCAAUCUAACAGCCUUCAACUCUCGAAGAUCGUCUAGCCUCACCUUGCCAGCUACAAGCGCUCUCCUUACGUCCGCAUUACUGACCGACCGUCUUGCAGAUAGUGAGAACGAUGUCUGGGGCAAUGUCAAGAUUCCGUACUUUCAUUCUAUCAAGUCGAGCAACAAUUCUGAAUGGUUGACACCUGACGCAAAUAGUACCAGCUCGUCGCUCGUUGGUAUCACUGUCUACAAUCUGACUGCAGAUGCCGGCACUGAAUUCAACAUGUCGAGCUCCUACGUAACGCUCAAUUGCCAGGAACCUUUGUCUUUCAGCUACAUGCCACCUGACUAUAGGACGGACAGCGAUGGCGUCACUGCUCUUGCUAAUAUGACAGGUUACAAUCGAUUCAUGGAGUGGUACGGCACGACUUCUACAAGCAUGUUGACGAACUCGACGGAUACUAAUACUACCGAUACAUCAAGCCAAAAGUGGAGUGACUGGCAAUAUCUACUUGACGUGCGUAGCAGCCUUAACAACGAUUUCCUGAACACUAUUCUCAGACCGCCCACGAUUAUCUACGCUUCCCAAUCAUUCUCAUCUCCUGAUUGGUCUGGCUCGGUGAUCAAGGCUUACGAGUGCAGAGCGGAAGUUGAGUGGAUUCAAGUCAGCGUCGAAUGCCCAAGCAAUCAAAACUGCUAUCUGACACAAGCACGGAGUAUCCAGCGACCCCAAGAAUUGGAAACCGAUAGCAUCUUUUCUGAAUACCCAAUCGCCAACACAGACAGUGCAUCGCCUAUCGUCAACCUUCUCAGCUUCCUCAACAGCUUUGGCAGUUACAAGAAUACCGAUGUGAACGUCUGGGGUCCCGCAUCAACGAUAGUCGCUUAUCUGGCAGGCGCUGACGUCUACGAGACUACUUAUCAACCCGUAAACGAUACUGCAAUUCCUCAACAAGACCUCGACUACCGACUCGCAACGCUGAUCAACACAGCUUGGCUCAUCUCGCUUCAACAGACCAACCUCGCGAUGUCAAGCAGCACCAAUACUACCUUAUCAGCUGUUCCUGAGUCUGAUCCGCUCAAUUACAUGCUUCCCAGUGGCAAGACUUUGAACUACGUUAUGGCUCCUUCUCCCGCUACGACAAUCUUCACCACGGAGAUCUAUCAGACAAAUUGGGCUUGGGUGUCAGUAGACAUUGUUAUUUCUUGUGUGCUUUUGGCCCUGGGUAUAGCGGGAUUCUACUUCAGACAGGUGAACCGACACCCUGAUGUACUUGGGUUUGUGUCGACCCUGACACGAGACAACCCAAAUUUCGACGCACCACCACAAGCGGAGAAGUUUGACGGGCUGGAGAUGGCGAGCUACUAUAAGCAUACCAGGGUGCAACUUGUCCGUGCAGGCGAUGGCUCGGAAGACCACGCUAGGAUUACGCUGAGACCGCAGUAA